AUGGUGGCGCGGACGCAGGAGCAUGCAAAAUGGAGGAUGUCGCUGGUUUCCUUUCUAGACCCCAGAAGAAAAUACCACGUGAGGCUGCUGGCGUACAACCACAUGGAAGACGGCUACCAGGCUGACCAAACCGUCAGCACUCCAGGAUGCGUGUCUGUUCGUGAUCGUAUGGUCCCUCCGCCGCCGCCGCCCCACCAUCUCUAUGCGAAGGCUAACACCUCCUCUUCCAUCUUCCUGCACUGGAGGAGGCCUGCGUUUACCACGGCCCAAGUCAUUAACUACACCAUCCGCUGUAACCCUGUCGGCCUGCAGAACGCCUCUCUGGUUCUCUACCUGCAAACAUCAGAGACCCACAUGUUGGUUCAAGGACUGGAACCAAACACCAAGUAUGAAUUUGCAGUCCGGCUGCAUGUGGAUCAGCUCUCCAGUCCCUGGAGCCCCGUGGUCUACCAUUCCACACUCCCAGAAGCACCCACAGGCCCCCCGGUGGGCGUGAAGGUGACCCUGAUCGAGGACGACACUGCCCUUGUUUCCUGGAAACCCCCGGAUGGCCCAGAGACAGUUGUGACCCGCUACACCAUCUUGUAUGCUUCCAGGAAGGCCUGGAUUGCGGGCGAGUGGCAGGUCCUCCACCGAGAAGGGGCAAUCACCAUGGCUCUCCUGGAAAACCUGGUGGCGGGGAACGUGUACAUCGUCAAGAUAUCUGCAUCCAACGAGGUGGGAGAAGGGCCCUUUUCCAACUCCGUGGAGCUGGUUGUCCUGCCCAAAGACACCUCAGAAUCAAACCAGAGACCCAAGCGUUUGGAUUCUUCUGAUGCCAAAGUUUAUUCAGGCUAUUAUCAUCUGGACCAGAAGUCAAUGACCGGUAUCGCCGUAGGUGUUGGCAUAGCCUUGACCUGCAUUCUCAUCUGUGUUCUCAUCUUGAUAUACCGAAGCAAAGCCAGGAAGUCAUCUGCCUCCAAGACGGCACAGAAUGGAACCCAGCCGUCAUCCCGGGCCCGUGCUUCUAGAGCCCCGGGGAGUGAUGUGGGGAAGAACCUGGAGAGGGUGACAGAGAAUGAAGAGUCCUUGGUACCCAUGAUGCCAAGCAGCUUCAUUGAUGCGAAGGGAGGGACUGAUCUGAUCAUCAAUAGCUAUGGUCCUAUAAUUAAAAACAACACCAAGAAAAAGUGGCUUUUUUUCCAAGACACCAAGAAGAUGAAAGUUGAACAGACUCAAAGAAGAUUUACUCAGCCCGUCUGCUUUUACCAGCCAGGCACCACCGUGCUCAUCAGCGAUGAGGACUCCCCCAGCUCCCCAGGCCAGACCACCAGCUUCCCAAGACCCUUUGGGGCUGCCCUUGACACGGAGCAUUCAGCAAACAGUGAAGGCAGCCAUGAGACAGGGGAUUCUGGAAGGUUCUCCCAUGAGUCCAAUGAUGAGAUACACCUGUCCUCGGUCAUCAGCGGCACCCCCCCCACCUCGAAUUCCCUCGCCGGUGGUGAUGCUGAUGGAGAUGAUGUGCUGAAGAAGCAUGGAGACCCUGCCGAGCCCUUGUCAGAUGAGCAGACUUACUCCUCAGCCCCACAGCCGCCGUCUGCAGGGCUGCGCUUGGCUGCCGAGGGGUUGCCCAUCUAGACAGCCAUGCUCAGGGAUUCACAAGCAUCUGUUCGAAGGACAAUGAACAGGGAGCCAAAGCCUGUGAAAAUCUUGAUGUCUUAUCUGUUUCUUGGUUUUUGUUUUUGUUUCUUUUUUUAAUCUUUAAAAAAAAUUUUUAAUUAUUUUUAAGCGCACGAAUUUUGAAUGUUUCAACUGUCAACAAUGUGAAAAAGGGCAGGUCAGGAUGCUUGACUGUGUUCUAAGAUACAUCACUGGAGCGGAGGGAAGACUGCCCGAGCCCUCUGCUGAAUAGCUACCUCAGUUUGCUGUUGGCGGACUCCGAAGAGCUGUGGCUUCUCUGCAGCAUAGCCAGCGGGACUUCUUAGCGACGCCGGUGUCCAUUGUGUGUGUGAUGUGUGUGCCUGAGGAGUCCGGUGGGUAGAUGAGGAAGAAUGUUGAUCUGAAGCUCUGGUUUUUUGUUUUUUUUUUCUUUUUCCUUUUCCAACUGUGACAUCUGCGUGAUUUGGAUAACGUUAAGACCUCCGGCUGUGAGGAGAAAAUACGGGACUAUAUUUAUUUGAAUGGAUGAAACAAGUAUGUCUCUUUGGAGAAGAGAACCAUUCCAUAGCAUAUAGGGGAGCGUAUCCUUGCAAGGCUGUUGGGAUUGGAGCACCAGGGCAGGAGUACUUUGCUCCAGCCCAGCCCAGCCUGCAAAAGCUACCUUCCGCUUGGCCUCAUCAAGGGCUGCGCUGUCUCUUUGGUGGGACAUCUUCCGAGUUUCCGAGCUAGCUGCAAAACACAGUGGAGGAAAGUGGAUUUUUUUAUUUUUAUUUUUUUAAUGGUUCAGAUUUUCUUUUUUAAAAUCCCAGUUUGGCUUCAAAUGGUGAAGACGUGUCAUGAAGUCAAGUCUCAAGAACGAAGAGCCACGAGGCGGUAGACUAUAAGAUGAACUUGUGGUUUUCCCAACAGCAGUGCCUUCCAGUAGAGAUUGUGAAAAGUUUUGCCUUAUACCUUUUUAAUAUUCAUGAAGAUGUUUAGGAAAAAGGGUACCAAAAAUUUGCCUUAACAAAGCUUGGGUCUUACCGUUAGCUCUUUUGCUACCUGGCACCUCGUUGGCGAUGUUCUCCUUUUGAAGUGUGUAGGAUUGUACCCCACCACCCCAGUGGCUGAGCUUACUGCCCCACUAACUCCAGGAGUGAGUGCAUCCUCUGCCUGGUUUGAAUUCAGCAAGCUGGUUACUCAGCCCCUUAGAGCAGGGAGGGCCCUCUCAGUCCUGAGACAACAACCUAGAGGCUGAGCCGCAUGGGGGGACAAAAAAUGAGAGCCACAGAAGAGAGGCAUGUCCUCAGCUUUUCAAAACCGUGGGUCCACCCCCCAGUUUUUUUGGAAAUGGUUUUUGAGUUGCAUUUUAAAGGAAGGACCCUCGGUGGGUUUUUUCCCUUGAAACCUUCUCUCUACAGAUGGGACAGGUCCUGCCCAAAGGUGUCCUAAAGUCAAGGGAGCGGCUGGAUAAUCAUCCCGGGGUCGUCUGUCUCGACCCACUCUACUACCAUGGUUUUCUCAUUGUGAUUCUAAGUUUUGUGCCAAAUUGGACGCGCUUAGAACCUGACCCACAGGAUGUGCCAGCUGCCGCCUCUGAGCACAGUUCUGUCCCUUUCCUUGUGUUGUGGGCUUUUCGGCAACAUGGGGGGAACGAGAAAAAGAAAAGAAAGAAAAAACAGAGCUUUCGGUGAACAAUGGGAGGCAAGAAAACCGGCCUCCCCUGCCUGCGUGCUCCUGUUUAUACUACCUCCUCUUUAAAGUUAUUCCAGUGUUAGUGUUCUUUCCUGUACUCAGGGAGUUUUUCUGUUGUUGUUGUUUUUUGUUGUUUGUUUGUUUGUUUUUUGUUUCUCUUGAGCUCAUGACGCAUGGGCGGGUGCAUUGACAGGGUAUGGUGGUGUUUGGUUCAGUAGAAGUCUGUGGGCCAACUUCUAUCAGUAUCUGAAAUGGAGAGGUCCAAGGGGGAUCACUGUUCUCCUCAAUCUUCAAAAGCAAACAGAGCGGAAAGGUGAGGCUUCAGGCUUAGGGCCAUACACAUGUGAACUGUGUUCCCUGCCUGGGUCGUCGGAAAGGGUGUGAGGGGACACUGCCCCAGAAGAAAGUGCUGUUUGUUGAUGACUGGGCCCUUAGUUACGGUAGACCUUUAGCUUAUAACUAUUUGCUAGUUCAUCUUUUUAACCUUCCAUUCUCUUCUUAUGCAGUCAUAAUUCUCUUACCAAAGAAUUUCUAGUAGAAAAUGAAAGUUCUAUUAUAAUUACCCUAAAUUGAGUUCACUAAUAACAGCUAUGAAUAGACUAAAUUACAAGUAACUUCUGACCCUAAACUGUAGGGUUUAUAUUGAUAGUUACAGUUAAUUCAUUAGAUUAGUGACAUUAACUACCUUACUGUCACCAGAAUGUUUAAAAUACGUUGUGAUUUCCUCACCAGAAGAUGUUAUAAAGUAUUUCAACUGUAGGGCUUUUUUUUCUUCAGCAAGUAAAGAAAUCUUUAACUCUAUAGUAUUAAUGUAUUUCAAAUUUUUGAAAUUACUUGUUGGAGAGAAAAAAAACCGAAUCUUAUCACUAAAAAUAAAUGUUUUGAUCUCAUGGAAUAAGGUAUUUAAUGUUCAGCAAAGGCUCUCAGCUUGGCGAAAGCAAGCUUCUUUGAAGUCUGAAGUAUGAAAUUCUAACUAAAGUGUGAAGGUUAGCAUUUCUUACUCAUGGUAUUAUUUCUUCAUCAUAUUUCAACUCCAAAUAAGCUGAUAUGCAAAUUGGUAACUGCUUCAUUUUCCAAAGACAUACUUGUUAGUGCUGAUAACCUGGCUGUCAUUUUUAAUGUCAAAUAUUACAAUAUACUGCUCAUCGUUAUUUUCAUACCAAAGACCAUUAAAAUAUAUAAUUUAGCCUGUAAGUAAAGAUGAGCAGAUUUAAAAUAAAUUUAUUUAGAAGAAGCAGAUAGGGAAUCUAGUUUUAGUGGCGAAAGGAAAAUACCAGAAGUUUACAUGGUUAAAGGCAAUACAGUUAUAGUGGUAUUUAUCAGUGUUUUUAUUCGAGUACUUUAUAUCAGCAAAUUAAAAAGAAAUUAAAAACCAAAGAUAUUUAAAUAUCCUCCAAAUAUAGGGAAAUUUAGCUGUACAUUGAACUGUCGUUUGUUGUUUCUAUGUUAAUGAAACGUCUCUCCAGAACCUCACUUCUGUGUCCAGAGGGCAUCCCAAGGAUUUUCAGUGAAAUCUGCUGGUUCAACCACAGGGAUAUUUUUGCUAAAUGGUAUGAUACUUCCAUAAGAGGCUGUGAAUGUGAGGGGUCAACAGAUACAAUAAAACCAAGCUCCUCUGUUACUGGGUACUGUGGGAACCCCUAAAUCUGCCUGUAUAGUCUGCAUUCCUAUGUAAAGUCAUUCUCUGGUUAUUCAGGAAGCUUGAAGAAGGCAAAAGAAGUGAGCCACUGUUUGGGUUGGGCAGUGCUUUGAGUUAAAAUGUGGUCCCUAAAUUGUAAGGUUUUCAUUACAUCAAAGAAGCUGGGCUUUUUUCCAUCUCAGAUGGGAACCUGGGUUUGAGAAGAAUGGCAUUUUUACAGAGCCUAGAGAUUUUUAAAAAAAGACAGAUUUAUCCAUUAAAUGAUUUUUUGAAAAGUACCAAGGGAAUUAGACGCUGCUGACAUGCUACGGCUUUCUUACCAUUACCUCAAACACAAGCAUGUCAGCAAUGUGGCAGUGACUGGGGUGUGCAUCA